AUGCAGCGCAACAGUGGUGGGGUUGGAGCUGGGAGUCAGCCAUGGGUGCUGCGACGCGUGCGCCUCACCUGGCUCAGUUUCAUGCUCUUUUUCAUUCUUGUCUUCUUCCCUCUUAUUGCCCACUACUACCUCACCACCAUCGACGAAGCAGGGGGUCCGGACAAGCGUAUUUUUGGGCCACGGCCUGGUGGCGAGCUCUGUGAGGCCAAACAUGUGCAAGACCUUUGUCGAAUCCGCGAAUCAGUCAGUGAGGAGCUGCUGCAGUUGGAAGCCAAAAGGCAAGAGUUAAACGGGGAGAUUGCUCGGCUUAACCUGCGCAUUGAGGCCUGCAAGCGCAGCAUUGACAGUGCCAAGCAGGAUCUGCUGCAGCUGAAGAAUGUCAUCAGCCAGACAGAACACUCUUAUAAGGAACUAAUGGCUCAGAACCAGCCCAAACUCUCACUGCCAGUCAGGCUUCUGCCAGAUAAGGAUGACCCAGGUCUGCCACCGCCCAAGUCUGCUCGUGCCUGCCGCUUGCGCUCCUGCUUUGAUUAUGCCCGCUGCCCUUUGACCUCUGGGUUUCCAGUGUAUGUGUACGACACUAAUUCCUACUCCUGGGGAGAGUAUCUUGACCCACUGGUCAAGCAGGCAUUUGCAGCAGCAGUGAAGGGCAAUAUUUAUAUAACCGAUAACCCCAACAUAGCCUGUCUUUAUGUUGUGCUGGUAGGGGAGCUGCAGGAGCCCCCCUCGUCCCCUCUACCAUCUCCCGUGGAGCUGGAGAAACACCUGAAGGCCCUUCCUUACUGGAGGUCUGAUGGGCACAACCACCUGCUGGUGCACCUCUCAAGGAAGACGAUGACACAGAACUUCUUGUACAAUGUAAGCACAGGACGAGCAGCGGUGGCCCAAUCCACUUUUCUGGAGCAGCAAUACCGUGAGGGCUUUGACCUGGUGGUAUCACCGCUAGUUCAUGCCCUCUCUGAACCCAACUUUCUUGAGGUACCCCCUCAGGUUCCAGUAAAAAGGAAGUACCUGUUCAGCUUCCAGGGAGAGAGGGUGGAGUCACUGAGGAGUAGCUUGCAGGAAGCCCCACCGCAGUCAUUUGAGGAGGAGAUGGAAGGAGAUCCACCAGCCGAUUACGAUGAUCGCAUUAUCGGUACCCUAAAGGCAGUGCAGGAUAGCCAACUGGACCAGGUUUUUGUUGAGUUCACCUGCAAGAAUCCCCAGCCAAGCUUGGCCACAGAGUGGGCCCUGUGUGGGGAGAGAGAGGAUAGGUUGGAGGUCCUCAAGGCUUCCACUUUUGCCCUGGUGAUCGCUCCUGGAGAUGGGCAGUUGGUGGCCUCAGCAGGCUGUGGGAUGAGGCUAUUUGAGGCGUUGGAGGUAGGGGCAAUACCAGUGGUGUUAGGGGACCACUCAAGGUUGCCUUACCACCAGCUUAUCCGCUGGAGUGAGGCAGCUAUUAUUGUCCCUAAACCUCGCAUUACAGAGCUACACUUCUUGCUGCGGAGCUUAUCAGACAAUGACCUGCUGGCAAUGAGAAGACAGGGUCGUUUUCUGUGGGAGACCUACUUUUCCACCUCUGAGAAUGUCCUUAGUACAAUCCUGGCCAGUAUCAGAACUAGCAUCCAGGUUCCUGCUGCUCCAAUCAGAGAGGAGCCAGCCCAGGAGAUUCCCCACAAAGCUGGGAAGUUGGCAGGAACUGAUGCCAACCUGGCUGACAACGGUGAUCUGGACCUGGGUCCUGUGGAGACAGAACCUCCCUAUGCCUCUCCACGCUUCCUCCGGAAUUUCACAUAUACUGCUGCAGACACCUACAGAGCAUGGAACCGUGCCCCAGGACCCUUCCACUUGUUUCCCCACACUCCACUGGACCCUGUGCUACCCUCUGAGGCCAAGUUCCUUGGCUCAGGUACAGGUUUCAGGCCCAUCGGGGGUGGUAAUGGAGGCUCAGGGAAGGAGUUCCAAGCAGCUCUGGGAGGAAAUGUGCCCCGGGAGCAGUUCACUGUGGUCAUGCUGACAUAUGAGAGGGAGGAAGUUCUAAUGAACUCUCUUGAGAGGCUAAAUGGGCUCCCAUACCUCAACAAGGUAGUGGUGGUAUGGAACUCCCCCAAGCCCCCUUCAGAUGACCUGCUGUGGCCAGACAUAGGCCUGCCCAUUGUGGUGGUCCGUACUGAGAAGAACAGCCUCAACAACCGCUUCCUGCCCUGGGACGCCGUGGAAACUGAGGCCAUCCUGUCCAUAGAUGACGACGCUCACCUCCGUCACGAUGAGAUUAUGUUUGGCUUCAGGGUGUGGCGUGAGGCCAGAGACCGCAUCGUGGGGUUUCCUGGGAGGUUCCACGCCUGGGACAUCAACCACCAGUCCUGGCUCUACAACUCCAACUACUCCUGUGAGCUCUCCAUGGUGCUGACGGGAGCCGCCUUUUUCCAUAAGUACUAUGCCUACCUAUACUCCUACGUGAUGCCGCAGGCCAUCAGGGACAUGGUGGAUGAAUACAUCAACUGCGAGGACAUCGCCAUGAACUUCCUGGUGUCUCACAUCACCCGCAAACCACCUAUCAAGGUGACGUCACGCUGGACCUUCCGCUGUCCCGGCUGCCCUCAGGCCCUCUCGCACGACGACUCGCACUUCCACGAGCGCCACAAGUGCAUCAACUUCUUUGUGAAGGUGUACGGCUACAUGCCCCUGCUCUACACGCAGUUCCGGGUGGACUCGGUGCUUUUUAAGACUCGCUUGCCCCACGACAAGACCAAGUGCUUCAAGUUCAUCUAGCGUCCGGCACCGGGGCUCGGUGGCCUAGCAAAGAGCUGAGGGGAGAGCAGACGGAAGGACCGGCAGCGUGUUAAAAACUGUACGCUCCCACUGCCGGCGCAGGAGUGGACGGGCGGACGGGUGGAGCACGGUGAGGUCCCCGAGUCACCUGCCGGGCCGCCCGCCCCGCCCUGCACUGUGCCAGACUGGCAACUGACCACAGCAUCAGAACGAUACCGCUGAAGGCCGGAUGAAUGGAAAUAAAAACGCAAUGUUGGGUUAAACCAUUUGACUUGUGUCCUUAUUCAGUUGUUCCCCCUCCGACGCGUCGCCCUUCACCUUCUGAUGUUC